CUGUCAAUAAAAACAUUACAUUUUUAAAAGUCACGCAUAAGUUGAGAAAGAUGGCGAAAUUGAAAGCGGAACAUGUGGUUGUUGAUGCCGUGGCGUUUUUCAAGAAUGUGCAGUUGCAAGAUGUAGCUGAAAGUGUGCAUACUUUGCAGGCUGUGGUGAAUGAGAUUCGAGAUAAGGCAACAAGACAGAGGUUGAGUGUACUUCCCUAUGAUAUCAAGUUCAGGGAACCCUCUUCAGAAUGCAUACAGAUAGUGUCAGACUUUGCAAGAAAAACAGGAGAUUACCAGAGUCUGUCUGCAGUAGAUAUCCGAGUGAUUGCAUUGGCUUAUCAACUGACCAAGGAAAUCGUUGGAACUGAUGGUCUUAAGAAACAACCUGAAACAAAGAUAACAUAUUCAGCAAGUAAAAAGCCUAUUCAGAAUGCAAAGGAUAUUGCAGGCUUCUAUUACCCAACCAGUAAGAAUGGACCCAGAGAUUCCAACCUCCAAGAAGAUGAUGACGGGACCCCUGGAACUCCAGAGGACAACUCGACGGCGGGCGACGUCAAGCUUGAGCUCAGCGAUAUCAGCAGCAAAGAUGAGGAGGGUGUGGAUAAGAUGGAAGAAGGGGAGGGAGAGGAAGAUGAGAGGACUUGUGAUGAAGUGACGGAGGAGGAUAGGGAAGCAGGAAAAGACUUUGACAAUGAAGGAGGACAAAGGGAAGGUGAAGAUAACCAAGAAGAAGAAACUAAAAUGGAGAACAUGAUGGAUUUAAGAACAGACCAAUGCAAGGAUGAGGAUAUCACAGAACCAAGUAUAGACCAGAAAACCCCAAUUGACGAGGCAAAAGAUGCCAACAUUGGUGAUCUGAACAUUGAUGAGGAUGAUGGGGAGGUCAUCGAAGAGGAUGACAUAGAAGAGGAGGAUGAGGACGAUGAUGAAAUGGGAUGGAUUACACCUCAGAACAUCUCUCAGGUCAGAGAGCAGAUGGGAGGAAGUGGAGAGACGAGCUUAGAAGGUAUCAGAGUUGGCUGUAUGACCACUGACUUUGCUAUGCAGAAUGUUCUUAUUCAGAUUGGUAUUCCUGUCAUCUCAGUCAAUGGUAUGCUCAUCAAACAUGCCAAGAGCUUUGUUCUACGAUGUCACGACUGCUUCAAAGUGACCCAUGACAUGGGGAAGGUCUUCUGUCCCAAGUGCGGUAAUAAGAGUCUGGAUAAGGUUACCAUGACAAUAGACGAGGAUGGCACUCGGCGGUAUCACAUGUCACGAAGGAGACCGGUCAACACCAGAGGCCUGAGGUAUGCCCUCCCUAAACCUCAAGGCGGCAAGCAUGCAUCCAACCCAGUCCUGUACCCAGACCAGAGAAUACCUCAGAACAGAGACGCAAGGAGGGGCCAGAAGAAGACCAACGUCUUUGAUCCGGACUUCGACGCCAUGAGCUCCCCGUUUGCAACGCAUGACGUGACCAGCCGGUCGGCUCAGGUCGGGGUACGGCAGAUCAGAGGUCAAGGGACAGGGGGUCGGAGGAACCCCAAUGAGAACAGAAGACAGAGCAAGAAGGGAAAGAGAAGAUGAAGUGAUGUUUUGGAAUGAUCAGUGCCGUGUAACACGAAGCUUAGCGAUAUCGUCAAACGAUCGAUUCCAUGGUUGAGUGCAUCGAUCAAUAAGAACUAUCAAUUGUAAUGGGACAUUGCAAGACACUUGCGAUCAAUUGCAAGUCUAUUUCAGGUCCCUAAAUCAUGCAUAUGUAGGGACAGUGAUUUUCCGUUUAAAAAAAUUGCCUUUUCCGUUUCAGAAAAUCUCAAAUUCCGUUUCAGCAUGUCAGAAAACGGAAAUUCCGUUUCCCCAUAGACUUUGUACACACGGAAAAGUGACAAUUCCGUUUACACAUUGAAUAGCAUAAUCACAACAUGUACACUCGCACUGGUCAAAAUUUGUAUCUGCUACUGUACCAACAACACAAUAGAAUCUGUUCUAAUCGGAUCUAUGCGGGUGCAUAAAAUGUUUUUACAAACCCAUUUAGCAUGCAUACAUCCUCACCUUUCACAUUAUUAGCAUUAUUUCACGGUGAAAUGAUAUUUCAUCGAUAAUUUUGGGGUUUUUUGGACAUCGUUAUCAUCAGUGAACGGCUUUUGCCAAUCCGCCAUCUCGGAUUUUAAGACCACGAUAUCGUGCUGUUACAUCUUCAAAUGUAGAGGGCAGCAACACACGACCGUGUAGUUGAACGAUAUGUGUGCAUGUGAAGCCCAACCCGGCCGGGUACGGUGCGGGGUACAAUCGAGUGUGCUGAUGUCGAGUGCAGUCACGAUGUGUGAAUUGUCAUGAUAGUAGCGAAGUGAGAUCGUGUUUUCUGGGGUUUUGUGGCCAUUUAAUAUUCUCAUUUUGUUGUGAUUUUGGAGUAAUUUCUGUUGCUAUUCUGUGUAUUUUGAGGGAAAAUAUGUUUUCCGUGAUUUUCCGUUUGAAAUGCCACUUUCCGUUUUAAAAGGCCCUUUCCGUGAAUUCCGUCCGUUUUCCGCGUUCGCGGAAAAUCACUGUCCCUACAUAUGUCUUGCAAUUAAUUACAAAUUUGCGAUUGAUUACUAAUCUGCUUUUUGAAACAAGGAGUGUAAUCUGAUUUGCUACAGUUAAAAGUGAGCAAUCAAUUGUAAAAUUGCAAUAGUAAAUUUGCAAUUGAUUGCAAAUAUUUUCAAGCAACACCCCAUAAGACAUAAUUAAGGUGUUGCAAGAAAAUAUCUGCAAUCAAUUACAGAUUUCUGAUGCAAAUUUGCAAUUGAUAUAUCAAUUGUAAUUAGAGCAAAUUGAUUUUUACUGCUCAGAAGCAGACCAACAACAAAGUACAAAUUUGCAAGUAAUUGACAGACUUAGGUUGAAGUUUUGACCCCAAAUUGGACUUGCAAUUGAUUACAAGUAUCAUGCAACACCCCUUUAGCUCUUUAUCAUAGGUCUGGGCCUCGUCUUACAAAGAGUUGCAAUUGAUCUGAUCAACCACAACUAUGGAUGGCCUCAACAUCAACAUCUAAUGAAAUGUAUGUUAGUUCAAAAUGUUUUCUAGAUAUGAUGUACAUUCAUGAAUUCAUUGUUUCUUGACAAUUUGGUGUGUUCGCCUUUGUUUACAAAAGAUGUUUUGCAAAUUUCCUGUAGAAAAAAAAUUAUGACACUAAUGGAUUUCCAUAGAGUUACGAUUGAUUGGAUCAAACGUACAUCUUUGUAAGAUGGGGUCCUGGUAUUUAUUGUUGAUUGUGUUGUUCAUUAUUAGCAACCAAUCAUGCCAAAAGGCUUAAAAAUUUAUCAUAGGAUUAAUUUCAUGGUUGAUUGUAUUUAUGCGAUUAGUACAAUCAAUCGCAAAACAAAUUUUAGUGAUUAAUCAUAGGACUGACUUAUAUUGAUCAUUAUACCAUCAUGUUAUACAGUAUAUCAGUAGUUAUUAACAGAGAUAAAUGGCAUAAAGUUAUUUUAAAAAUUUAUCAGGGCUCACAUGAGGCUCAGUCGCCUUCAGGAUACCAUCUAAAUACCAUAUAAGUUGGUUCAGUUAUUUCAAAUGAUUGUAAGUGGUGGGUACAGGAAAGUGUUGUAUACAAAAAGUGCACAUUUGUGAGUGUGUUGUGGCAAUGCAGCACACAUGAGGGUAUUUACAUGCAAUAUGCAAAAAGCGCAAACGCUGUAGUUCUUUUGCAUAAUAUUUUGAAUGCUGGAGAUGCCUGCAUCAUGAAAUAAUUAUGUAUAACAAUAUUUUGCUUGUAUCAUUCCUGUACCCAACAUUAAGCAUGAAGACUGCUAUGUUCUAUCCUUGAUCUUAAAUCAUGAAGCUUAACAGUUGUGCUCAAAAGUUAGUGAACCCAACCACGAAAUGCACUUCUCCAUGCCGAGUGUUGAAUGCUACAAUGUUCGGCAAGUCCAAAAAAACAAAGUUUAUUUGAAUGUAACAUUUUAUCUCCUGACUUCGCAAUUAAAUAUCUAAAAAAAGUGUUCAAGAACUUGAACACUGUUCAUUUUCUGGUGGGGUUCACUAACUUUUAGCAGUUUAUCAAUUAACCUUUUAAACUUUUGAAUUCAAUUUUGGCUCUGAAAAGCUAAUGCUUUGAAUCAAACUUAUGGUGAAUCUCCAAAUUUUGGUAAAAACUACAAUCAUGGUUUAUAUAAAAGUGAUGAUAUUGGUAAUUCAUAGUGGGGUGAAUUCUGCCACCUGACCAGACUGAAUUCAUAGAUGGCCCACUGCAUGGUACAGAGUACACCCGUAUUCAACCAAGAUUGAUUGGGUGAUAUCAUCAGCGUGGCCAGUGAAAAAAAUCCAAUUAUGCCAGAGGAGCAGCGAAAUUAUGCCAAACCGUUUUGGAAACUAGGAUUUUCCACAGGGGGGGGGCUAAACCGUCCGCCAAAAAAAUUUGACGAGCAAAAACAAAAAAAAAAAGGUCUUCAAUCUUCAAAUACAUCAAAAUUAUGCUAAAUAUGCUAUUAUUAUGCCAGAUUCUUUGCUAAAAAAAGUCUAAUUAUGCCCCAAAUUAUGCUGAAAGGGUCGAAAUUAUGCCAGAAAAAAAGUCUAAUUAUGCCGGCAUAAUGAAUUAUGCUGAAAGGGUCGAAAUUAUGCCAAAAAGCAUAAUUAUGCCAGUUCUGGCAACGUUGGGUAUCAUCCAUGGAAAGGACUAGGUUCAAAACAUGUGACCUGCCACCCCAAAACCAACAAUAAGUCGCCAGGGAAGGGUCUUUGUAAAUAGCCAGAAUACGAAUUUGGCCUUCAAGAGGUAAGAAUUAGAAAAUUACCUUCUCUGAAAUACUAUCAAAAUUUGAAGUUGUAAAGUUAAAUAUUACAAGACAAGAUACAGUAGUUUCUCUAAAACCAUUUUUUUCCUGACUGCUUGUAAAUUAUUCAUUGAGUGUGCACAGCUUGAAUGAACCUCAAACUUCAAGUUCAAUCCUUGUUUUCUUCGUAAUUUUUGAAGCUGUUGCUGAAUUUCUUCUACAUUCAUUCUAGCUCUUGUGUGAGUUAUUUUUAGCUCAUCCGGCCCGAAGGGCUAGAUGAGCUUAUUUAUGCUAAUUUAUGCGAAAUUUAUUAAUAAAUCACAGAAAAUACCUUUUUUUCUUUAUUUGUGGACCGAUUUUGAUUUUUUUUCUCUUCCAUCUGGUAGAGCUUCAUGAGGUUCACCAAACUUAUACACAGAAUUUUGAAAUUUUUAGUAGAAAGUUUAUGCUGAUUUAUGCUAAAUUUAUUCAUAAAUCAUAGAAAAUGCCUCUUCUUUAUUUGUUGACCGAUUUCAUUUUUUUUUCUUCCAUCUGGUAGAGCUGCAUGAGGUUCACCAAACUUGUACACAGAAUUUCGAAAUUUUGACUAGAAAAUUACUUAUGCUAAUUUAUGCAAAAUCUAUUCAUAAUCACCAAAAAAAUGCUUCUUCUCUGUCAUUUCUUCAUAAAUUUCAAUUCUGUUUCCUCAAUUUAUGUCACACCAAUAUAAUUCACUACAGUGUCAACUGGGCUGAAAUAUAAAAUUGUGUUAAAUUUCUUUGCGAGAUGCCGGAUGAGCUCCACAUCAUUGAUGUGCUAGUUGAUCAAUUUUGAUAAGUUAUAUAUCGGUUCAAAAUUUAACAUUUGUUUUUUUUUUAAAGCUCAGUGAAAGUUUAAAAUUCAUUUUGGGCAAUGUAUUGUUGGUUUUGGGGUGGCAGGUCACAUAUACAGUUUAUUUUCAAUAUCCUAAAUUCAUUAUAAUCAUUGGUUUUGAACUCUGUUAUUUCUGCUUUAUUUUGGAUUUUUUUUAAUAAAAUUAAAUACCUGUGAUGUAAACUAGA